UAGAGGACUGCAUACUUAAACACAAAUAUCUAUAUUAAUUAACCAUGUUAUAUCAUAUACUACCCUACCAAUAAAACAUUAAAGUAUUAACGUAUAAUCUAUAUAAAGAACUCUAUAUAAUUCCUCUUAGUUUAGGAGAAUUAGAGGUAAAUAGAGAUGUUGGUUAUGGGUUGACCAAACAUGGCGGUGUGGGGAGGGUCGAGCCUGUGCACUAAGGCGACGCUCACCACUAUUGUUGCGCCGCCGCCAUUCCUACACCCAAGAAUAACGAGAAAAGCCAAACCUUACAUGUCUGUCUCGCCUUUUACCACUUAUAUCUGGUCUCAAGUGUAACUCCUCAAGGAUCUAGGUGACAUAUAAUGCUUCAAUACAAGGAGAGUGGUGCAGCAGCGUGGUAACUAUGAUGCAGGAGAGCGCCCGCCUGCCCCCCCUGCUGAGCCCUGCCUGGACCCCACCAAACAUCUCUAGUAAUAGUGUGGGUACUGGCCGUCGCGGGGCGGGUAAGCGGGCGCGAGGGACUGGGAUCCUCAAUGGUCAUCAUGGCCGGCCUCGUCCAAAUGGUCAUCCCCUCCAGCAGCAGAAUCCCCAAGAUACCCCUCAGCCACAGUCCCCAGUCUCAUCCCAAGCCAUAUCCCAAGCCUCGCCCCAGCAACCAUCGCCUGUACUGUCUCAGACACAAACACCACUUAGAGACACGCCCAAAACACAAGCCAGUCUGAAGAGGUUAAGUGGCAUAGUGGCAUCUACACCUGUGUCAACAUCACCUGUAACUCAGAGUAAAGGGAGAGAACGUUGGGGUGGUUGGCUUGGAGGCUCACUUGCCUCCCACCGUGGGCGGAGUGAGGCUUCUAGGCAGCAUGCUAACUCCAGUCCUCUCCACACGUCUGAGCUGAGAAGCUCUGGCUUUGACAUGACGAAACUAUACCCUGAGUUGUCAGCAAAGCUGGGCCUUACCAAGCAGAAUCCCAGUGACAACACAAACACACAUAAAAAUGGCAUUACUGUCAGAGAAAAUUUUACCUCAGGCCCCUUAAAGAAACUAGAAACUGUGACAGAUGACCCUAGAAUUAAGGUCGUUUCCACUGGCCAGAUUAUUAACAAUACAAAAGGACUUUUAGCUGCCAAAGUUGGUAAUGGAAUUCAAACUAGUAAAUCCAGUAGUGUUAAGCCAUCAAAGCCAAAGCCCAGAUGUAGUGAUAGAGGGCAGAGAAGAGGAAGUCACAGUCGGACAAGUGGACGACAUGAAGCCAUCUCUUCUGGGGCAAUACACACUUCCACCCUUGGGCUAGGUCCAACUCCUAGCAAGGGACCAAGUUCAUCCAGCAGCAUCAGAAGCACUAGUACUGUCAGCAUCAGAAAUGACAAUAAUAGUGGUAACAUCAGUAGUAUAUUGGAGGAACAGCUUAGAGGGGGAGUAAGUCAACGGCAAGUGGCGGCUAUGACGUCCCUAAGUUUAGGCUUGCACCAGUCUAGGUUACCACAAGCAACUAUCACCAGACCUGUUGCUGUGUCUGCUCCUCUCAAUGUUUCAUCAACUUCGGCCUCCCCUGGUAGGAGUCUAGUCAUGGCCCCCGCCACCUACCUGCCCUCAGUGGCCACCCACCAGCCUCGGGUGGUCACCCUACCUCCUAGGAGGCUUCCGCCACCUGCCAUCACCAGUGCCGCUGCUGCCACUCUUCCCGAACCUCUCUUACGGGUCCACACGCUACGGGAAAAACAUUACGCUUAUAACUCCGAUCUCUUUCCCUUAGGUGUUGAGACGAGCGAGGAGAGUGAUGGCAGCGACACAGAUGAUCUUUGUGGGAGUCAACAAGGCUGGCUAGACCCUCCUGAUGGCCCUUAUGAGAGAUACCAAAGUUGGGUGAACAGUAGUGAUGAAGGGAGUGGAAGACAGCAGAGUUGGGCGGACCCCACGGCUACAGCCUUAUCGCGGUUGCCGGGCGGCUCCAGUUGUCAGCGGUCUGUUACCCUCGCAGUUGCUCUGUCCUCGCACAGAAGACAGGUUAUCGCAUCUCGUGUGCGUACUGAAGUUCGUGCAUGGGAGUUUGAGAGACGGUGCGCUCUAACGCAGAGACUGGUAGAAGCUGCUCGCACACAUCCCCGCCUCACUGCAGAUGCUUGCUGCCUCUACCGGACUUCACAAGUUAACCAAGAAUCUCCAAAAAUUAAAUCUAGGUUUAGGUCUUCGGUGCUGAUGCGACGUGAGUGUGUCUACAAUGAUGGUGAAGGUGGAGGAGAGUGCAGGGAGCUGUCCUUACCUGGAACUAGACACUGCAUACGUCAUAUCAUGUAUAAUGUGGAUCAGCAGCUGUUCACUCAUUGCACUGCGCGGCAACCUGAUAACACAUUAUGUCGGGUACCUGUAUUUGACGUUUCCCAUGAGCUUCCACUGUGUUCACAGCAUAGUAAAACACAGGAAAAUAAUGUUAAAAUGGUUUUGGAAGAAACUCCAAAGCCCAAGAGAUCUCGGAAAAAGAACAAAAUGCCAAUUUUAUCAAGAUACGGUAAACGAAGCAAGAAACGGCGAAGAUCUUCCAAUUCUACCUGUUCAGUAAUUCCCUCUACCAGUGUACGACCCCCCAUGGCCAGUCAGUCCUCACUCUCUUCCCCACAGCCUUCACCCACCACACCACAAACAUCCCCACAUUUCUCAACAGCAUCAUGUACAGAUUCUCUAGCCGAGGCGGAGGAGAGUGAACUGGACGAUGACAUGGAGGGCAUGGUCGAAGGUCUGGAUGCUGCAUCUCGUCUGUUAGAUCCUCGGGAUUUCCAGGAUGUACUAAACCGCAUCCCAGAUCAUGAGUUAACACAACUCUUUGAUGCUCCAGAAGGUAAAACAGGGGAGUUUGAGAGUACUGCAGAGGACAAGGGAGAUAUAGAGACAGAUCAGGGCGAUGACGACGACCACUCAGUCAGCUCCCAGACCCCCACUCAUAGUCCCCCAUGUACGACACCAACUGUUGCUGCCACCACUACCACCGCCACUACCACCACUGCCUCAUCUACACCUCCAAUGACUGAAGAAGGCACCACUUUAAGUCUGGACGAGUCUACCUUGAAUGAGCUUGUUGCUGGUAACAUCCCUAUUGACUCUAUUAUUUCAUCAUCGUUCAACCAGCAGGAGCUGAACACUAUAUCACAGGCGUUGUCCAACAUCGUGCAGGAAAAUAACAUAAAUCUUGUCGGGUUUGACCUUAGUGCGGGGAAUUCUUUUUCUGCCUCGGAAACGGGCGGAUCGGGUCCGGUGGGAGACGUAAGUGACAACUCGCUCAUGUCCCAAGCCAGCGACGGAGCAGGCCAAGCGGAUUUUAGUGAAUCGGGACGUCCAGUGUCAGAUUGUAAAGUUAACUUAUUAAGCCAACGUCCUGGAAUUAUCGGAGACACUGCCACACUCUCUCCUUUAAAGUAAUUUCUAUUAUAUAUCUAUACUGGUGUUAAUUUUGAGUCAUGUUAGGCAUCCUUGUUGUUGUUGGUCAGACUGGACACUAAGGGAAGGGAAGUAAAGAGUGAGGUGAUACAAUAUGAACAGGUUGCCUUGAUCAGUGUUUUAUUAGAGUAAUGUUUCGUACAGAUCUUGUGUUUAUUUGUAAUUUUAUCUACAGUAUUUUUUUUUCAGUCAGUGCGAGUGUAAAUGGUAAUGUAAGAAUCAAACUUACGUGUGAUAGUGAUUGAGGCCAUUUAUUCAUAUUGCAUUCACUCACCCUAGUUAGUGUGCUUUGAUGACAGCUGGAGAAGUGAAUAAAACACAUAUGGUACUUGAAACAGAUUGGUAUUUUAAAAUGUGUUCAGUGGAAUCACCCCAAGAUGUUUGGCUUAUUUUGGAAAAAAUUUACCGAUCUCCACCAAGAGUUCAAGAUAAUUUUUAUGUAGAAUUAUGCAGGCAUAUUUUGAUUGGCUUAUCUUUUGGUGGUAAACAUUAUUCAGUGUCACGAUGCAGUACAACAGUUAAGUCUGCCACACUGUCCGUGAGUACUGAUGCGAUUAUAAUUUGUUCUGUAUUUUUUCUUCUUUUCUAUAUGCUGACCCUUUGUUAUAGAAAAUCUCAGAAGUUCAUUCCUACUAUAUCAGCAUUUUUUAUACAUAUAUAUUAAAAGCUGUCACAAAUGUUUAUACUGUCAGGACACAUGACUUUAAUGUUACUUUUUACAGUUGUAAACUGUACUUGCUACAUAUAAUUGGUAUCCAAUGUGGUCAUCUUACUAAAGCCUAUUAGCAGUGUCCUAAAAGGUGGUUACCCCCCCCCCCUGCCAGUAUGAAGUAUUAUUGGUGAGGCACAAACAGAGCCCAUAAUGCCAAGCAGCCAUCAUAGACAAGGGAUUGGUAGAGUAGCCAAAGGUGGACAGUGUUCAAGGAAUCUAGGUCCAUAGUGAGUACCUGUGUGUAUUUGCAUGACUAGCUUUUUUAUGGUUAUUAUUAGGCCUGUGGUUGGUUAUAGUUCAGUAUUCUGUAUUUGGAAGGUUGACCUUUGAUGUAUGUAUACCCAGACGUUUUUCUUUCUCUCCCAACUGCAUCUUCAAGCCCCGAUGGCCAGUGGAGGGUUGUUGGCCGCACUUCCUGCUCUGUUGCACGUUUGUCGUACUUGCUGUAUUUAUAUUAUUAUUUUCUAUUAUUGUUAUUAUUAUUAUACUCUUAAGCCUUUUCUCACUCACUUUAGGGUGGCUAGAAUCAAGAAAAAAAAACACACACACACUCAUCUCAUUUGUUGUCAUUCAUUCAUCCAUACAUUCAUAUUGCUACCAUUGCUAUGUUCUGCCAUGGUUUUUCCCUUCCACAGCGAGGCCUCAGAUAUCCAUCUAGUUUGUGUGUCUUGCUUCGCACAACCUGGUGUCAUUAUCACCAUUUAUUUUAGAAUAAAUAUUAAAAAUACCUGCGAUCUUUUCUUAAGAUAAACUUUUACUUGACAGCAGCCAUACACUCAUUGGUUAAUCUGGACAUAAUAAGUGUGUGGAGGAAUGCAUAUACAGUAUACUGCUCAAUAGUAUUGACAAGACUUAUUGUUGUGAUGGUCCGUAAAAAUUAAGGAACGUUUCCCAUUUUAACAUAAUCGUCUAUUUUAGGCUUUACCAUUUGGUUUAUUUUCCAGGGUCAAAAUUUUUUUAUCACAGAAUAUCCCAGACAGUUACCCUCAAAGGUAUUAUUAUGCUUCUUGUACAAUAAUCUUCUUGAAAGUUAAUUCCUUGUUCAGUCCAGUAUUUUGAUCAUUAUUAUGGGGAUUUUUUUUCCUUCAGUGAAAUGGUAGAAAUUUAGCCAUUUUUUCGGGGUUGCAAUAACACAGUAGUUUAUUGAUUGAAGUUCCAGUGGGUUUUUUUUUUUUUUUAGUGCAGGAAGGUGUUGCCAAUAGAGGGCCAAUCAGAAGAGAAGUUCAGAAGUAGUAUCUAGAAUAGCUCAAUAGGUGAAAGUUGCAAGGUAAAGUUGAUAAAUCAAGUCUGUUUGCCCCCUCCUCCUCCUUUUUAUCCACUUCCUCUUUCUCUUUAUCCUUCUUAGUAUCUCAACCUCUUCUUCUUGACCGAGAUAAUGUCCUUUAACACCAAGGCCUUUACCAUAGGAUAGAUGUGCAUCCUGACCAUGAACCUCACCUUGACUUUUCAGUGUGAGGUGACAGCUGUUCCAGUCUGACAUACAUCAUCUUCACUGUAUUGUACUCACCCAUUUCCCUGUUCUUCAUUGGAGGGCUUAACAUCAUCACACAAAUCAUCCGAUAACACUGUCUUCAUUUCUCAUCUUCUAAACUUCAUUUCUCUCUUUUGCCGUAAUUAACAUAAGUAGAUUUAUAGUUUGUAUUUAAAGCAUUAUUUUUUAUGGUCUCAAAUAACUUUUAAAAAGUUUUAAUUCAUUUUAUAUCACAGGAAAAUUACAUGUUAUACUUGCCACCAUUUCCCUUCCCUCCCUCCUCUCACAUCCUCAUAUGUAUAUUACCAUUCACUUUCAUCCGUAUGUCAUUGUAUAUAUCUUUGAAUAUUCCUCUUCCCACACUUGCAUUUCUUAUUUCAUUUUGUGGAGUUACAAUGAGGUGGUCUGUAUUCUCACUCUUCAUGGUAUUCUUCCAUUUAAAUGAUCUAAUCUGUCUUUGUAUCCAUAUAUUUUGAAUAGUUAACCAGUUGGUGGGUAGGCUAGACCUUUUACAUGUGUCCUGCUGUGAAAACCAUUGAUCAUCAGGGUGCUUGCUACUCCCAUGUAGAAAUUGAUAGAAGAUUGUUGACACAUGUUAGUGAAAUUAAUUGUAAUUGUGAUUUAAAGAUGCUAUAACAUGCAAAAAAAAACAAAAAACAGAAGACUUGUCAGUGUGAACAUGAAGUAGGAUAAAUGUCCUUAUAAUCAUGCUUCAGAAACAUUGACCAAAGUGUUGCAGUUCAGGAAAAAAAAAAUUUUAUUAUACAUAUUCGUACGUUAAAUUGCAGUCUGUAUGCCAGCAGUCAGUUUUACGUGCACAUAUCUUCUACAUCAGCCAUAAGUAAGCGACCCAUUUGUAUUUAUUAUUAGAAUAUUUUGUUAACAGUGUUUGUCAGAAUGUCAAUCAGGAUUUGCUAGAGUGGGGGUAGACAUGUUGAGAGAAUGGGUAGGAAGAAGUGGGUGAGAGGAGUGUUUUAUUCGGGGGUGGAUGGUGGGAGACGAGGGCAAUACCAGGAAGGACAGAAGGAAGUUGGACAUCUAGGAAGCAGAAGUUUGGCUGUGUGAUAAUAGAGCAUGGAUGUGAUGGUGGUGGGCUGUAUGAAGCAAUAGCACCAGAUUUGAAUUUUUGUACCAUGUUGUGGAUAAGAAACACAUACCAGAGCACAUAUGUUACAGCAGUUUGAGAUAAUGAAUGAUGGUGAAUGUUUGGAGUGUGUGUGUGUGUGUUGCUUUUGGUUCUGGCCACCUUUUUGCUAUAAAUGAAAAAAAACUUGAAAGACUCAGAAAAACUAUAAAUUCAUUCAACAAGUCUUGUUAAGGUUGCAUCAAUUUAGUGAGCAUUAUUGCCUCACUUACAUUUAGAAAUACUGUACAGUACAGUAAGCUCCUGUUAUACCAGUCAUGUGGUCUUUUAUGAUAGUUGCUGAAAUACAGCCAACCAUUAUUUUAUGAUUCAUAAACCAAUGGAAAAACAGGGCUGCUCUGAGGUUGCACAUUGAAUUAUAUGGAAAUUUUGAGCAUAGUCCAAUGUUGACUUGAUACAAUAAAUGUCACUAUUACCCCAGCAAAGAACAUAGUUACAUUCUCCACAGCAAGCAAGAAUCUAAAUGAUAUUAUGUAAUGCUGAAUCUGCUGUGGCAGGAACAUUUUUUCACAGCUCCACAUCACCUUUGUUUCUUACCAUCUAUCUGCUGCUGCCUUGGUGUGGAGAGCGAGAGAGAGGUACAGUACCCUGACUACACGGUGUUGGGUACUUUAGACAGCAUUGAACAACCAGAGGUGAAACAAAUUAGAAGGGAUGAGAUAAGACCAGAAAGCAGACCCAAAAAAUGACCAGUUUAGCACAUUCAUGAAUCUUUGGAAUUUUAUGAACCUUUGAGAAUCUGGACUCUUCACCAGCCUGUGAUCACUAUUCUUGUUAACCAUUGAUGAAUUGUAGACUCAUUCAUGGGUCUUGGCUAGCAUGUGUUUAUAUUUGGCUGUAUUAAAUGUAAAUCCUUUUUAUAAACAUUACACUAUUUAAAAUUUAGUUUAAAAAGAUAGAAAAUCUUUAUUACAGCUACAAGUACCACAUACAUGGAACUUGGGAAAAUUUUAUUUAACGAGUAGGAAACUAUUAAGUGUACAGUAUACAGUACAUGAUUUAUUGUAUAGCCUACUGAGUGACAGCAACCAAGAUGUCCAUAACUUGUCAAUUGGCAGUACUGUCCCACUACAGACCACAUUACUUAAUAUAUCUUGCUGCGCUAAAAAAUGAGUUCCCUGAAGAGUUUACCUUAAAACAGUGACCCGAGGUAUUUGUGACCAUUACAUAGCAGGAGUUUACUGUAUUGUUUUGUUUAUUCACCGUGCCAACACAGCUUCAGAUGACAGUGUCGUGAUGUAACUUAUCCUUGUCUCUCCCAACCACACAUUUAUUACAUUCCAUAAUUUAUAUCUUAACUUUUGUCAUAACUUUUCCAAAUCUGUGAUUGCCAUAUUCAAUAUUUUGUCUCAUAUUUAGACUAAAGUUUAUUACAAAAAUAGGAGAAUUAUCUAAUAGC